UAUUCGCAUUCUUAUAUUUCAUUAUUAUUAUAUUAUUCUUUCUUUCUCUGCUUGCGGUGCAAAAACCGCAUCACACUCUUCCAUUUUCUAGGGUUUCGUUUUUGCUCUCAACAAUGGCCGCUUCCUCUCUCCUCAGAUCCGCGCUCUUCGCACCUUCCUCUUCCGAGUGUUUAGCAGUGCCUCGAGUUGUAGUUUAAAAUCCAAGGGAUUACAGAAGAGUGUAUUUGGUGCUUCAAUUCCAUGUGAAUCAAUAGUCUUACAAAACUGCAAUGCUCGUGGCAUUCAGCCUAUUAAAGCCACAGCAACUGAAAUCCCUCUUCCCACCCAGAAAUCAAGGAGCAUUGGGAAGACGAGAGUUGGAAUAAAUGGUUUUGGUAGAAUUGGAAGGUUGGUGUUACGUGUAGCUACUUCCCGAGAUGAUAUUGAUGUUGUUGCAAUUAAUGAUCCAUUUAUUGAUGCAAAAUAUAUGGCUUACAUGUUCAAAUAUGAUUCUACUCAUGGUCCAUUCAAGGGGACCAUUACGAUUCUGGAUGACUCUACUUUAGAAAUUAAUGGGAAGGUGGUUAAAGUUGUGAGUAAAAGAGAUCCUGCAGAGAUCCCAUGGAGUGAUUUUGGGGCUGAUUAUGUCAUUGAGUCUUCAGGAGUUUUUACAACACUUGAGAAAGCUUCAUCACAUUUGAAGGCUGGUGCCAAGAAAGUCAUAAUAUCAGCUCCAUCUGCGGAUGCACCAAUGUUUGUGGUAGGAGUGAAUGAGAAGACAUACCACCCAAGAAUGGACAUUGUUUCUAAUGCAAGCUGUACAACGAAUUGUCUUGCUCCUCUUGCCAAGGUGGUUCAUGAAGAGUUUGGAAUAGUUGAAGGUUUGAUGACAACUGUACAUGCAACAACAGCAACACAAAAGACCGUAGAUGGCCCUUCUAUGAAGGAUUGGCGAGGGGGAAGAGGGGCAGGUCAAAAUAUAAUUCCAAGUUCAACUGGUGCUGCAAAGGCUGUUGGGAAAGUUCUUCCUGAGCUAAAUGGUAAACUCACUGGAAUGGCUUUCCGUGUACCGACUCCCAAUGUUUCUGUAGUGGACUUGACUUGCCGGCUUAAGAAGAAUGCUUCCUAUGAAGAUGUUAAAGCAGCAAUAAAGUUUGCCUCAGAGGGCCCACUGAAAGGAAUCCUUGGGUACACAGAAGAGGAUGUUGUCUCUAAUGACUUUGUUGGUGAUUCAAGGUCAAGCAUAUUUGAUGCUAAGGCUGGCAUUGCACUUGGUGCUUCCUUUGUUAAGCUGGUUUCGUGGUAUGACAACGAGUGGGGUUACAGCAAUCGAGUGUUGGACCUUAUAGAACAUAUGGCAUUGGUGGGAGCUCACAAUUGAACACCAAUAUUUUGCAUGUGUUGCAAUUCUUGUUGAAUUAGGUUAAUAUUUGUGGCGGCCUAGGUUCAGAUUUUGGUUUUGAUCUGAUUUUUAUAAGAUGCGUGGUUAAAUGAUCACAUCAUGUACACUGAAAAAAAAUAAAAUAAAGAAGGACGUUGUCCUGGUUAAUGUUUGGAUUUGUCAGCAAUGAAUUUUACAAACUGCCUUUUAAAAUGAAUGAUUUAUAUUGGCCUAGUCUGAUAGGACAACAAAUUGUUUAACAAUACGUUGUUGCAAAUUUUGUUGACUUAGGUUAAAUAUUGUAAUGACUUAGGUUUUCAGAUAUUGGUUUUAUCUGGUUUUAUAAGACGUGAGGUUAAAUGCUCA